AUGAGGAAAGCGGCCUUCACCAGUCAGCCUAGCACUUCCAAGCGCGGCAGGUCCGUCAAGAGCGAGUCGAUCUCAGUUGGACAGCAAACGCGCAUCAGCAAACGGUUUUUCCGCAUUCCCUUUCUUGCCAUAGGCGUUCAGUUCGAGUAUGGCAACAUUCACCCCGACAACGUGCUCCGCGGACUCGUCGAGCGCCUGUCCCUCACAUCCUCUUCCAGCCCGACAUUCGCACCGGCAUGGCAGGCUGCCCUUGAGGGAACCCAAUUCCUUAACCGUCACCGACUCCUCGUCGCCCUAGAAGAUGACAAGGGUGCCAUCCUUUGCCAGCGCGAGCUGGCAUUCGCGAGCAUGUUCCUGCUCCAUCCUAGCAAAUUUGACACGGCUCCGGAGAUCGCUCUGUCCGGGUGGUACCGUGCCGAAGGCCUGACAGGGAUUACGGACUAUGGCCUGUCCAACAGAACUCGUGCGCUCGCCAUGAUGGAGCUCAAGGAGCUCAACAAGACAUGCAUCCGCAGCUUGGUUGAUGAACUGAGUGGCGCCUCCGCCGCGAUAAUAUCACCCGCUCACCCGAAACCCGCACCGGUCCCACAGCUAGCCAACCUCACCAUUAUCCAUGGCAAGGCCACUGGCUUUCAAGACAAACAAACCAGCACGGACGCUGGCCAGAUCUUGGAAGAGAUGGUGCCCAACGAGACCUCCUAUUGCUUAUACGGGGCUGUCCGUGAAGUAACGUUGACAAAGAUGACUUUGCCCACCAUCAUUUAUGUGUCGCAAGUGAUCCCCUGCCAAGGCAUUGACCGAACCAUUACAAACAAGGACACCGGCCAGGCUUGCACUAUCCAUGUCACUCUCACAGUCCUGUACGUGGCCCUCGGCUUCGUUUCCCCUGCAGAACCGGCGCUGUUCUCGCGUGGCAAGACUUUCGCAUCCUCAUGGCGCUUCUCAAGAAGCCCGAAAUGGACGCCGACUGGGUCAAUGCGCUGA